AUGGCUGGUGAAACUUUUGAAUUUCAAGCUGAAAUUACUCAGUUGAUGAGUUUAAUCAUCAACACUGUUUAUUCUAACAAGGAAAUUUUCUUGAGAGAACUGAUCUCCAAUGCCUCUGAUGCUUUGGACAAGAUCAGAUACCAAGCUUUGUCCAACCCAAAGGAAUUGGAAACUGAACCUGAAUUAUUCAUUAGAAUCACUCCAAGACCAGAAGAAAAAGUCUUGGAAAUCAGGGAUUCCGGUAUUGGUAUGACCAAGGCGGAAUUGAUCAACAACUUGGGUACCAUCGCUAAGUCUGGUACCAAGGCCUUUAUGGAAGCUCUUUCUGCUGGUGCCGAUGUCUCCAUGAUYGGYCAAUUCGGUGUUGGUUUCUACUCUUUAUUCUUGGUCGCUGAUAGRGUCCAAGUUAUCUCUAAGAACAACGAMGAYGAACAAUACAUYUGGGARUCCAAYGCAGGYGGUUCUUUCWCUGUUACUYUAGACGAAGUYAACGAAAAGAUCGGUAGAGGUACUGUCUUGAGRUUAUUCWUGAAGGAYGACCAAUUGGAAUACYUGGARGAAAAGAAGAUUAAGGAAGUCAUCAAGAGACACUCCGAAUUCGUUGCUUACCCAAUCCAAUUGCUAGUCACCAAGGAAGUUGAAAAGGAAGUUCCAAUCCCAGAAGAAGAAGAAGAAAAGAAAGACGAAGAAAAGAAGGAUGAAGAUGACAAGAAACCAAAAUUGGAAGAAGUCGAUGAAGAAKAAGAGGAAAAGAAGCCAAAGACCAAGAAAGUCAAGGAAGAAGUUCAAGAAUUAGAAGAACUAAACAAGACUAAGCCUCUAUGGACCAGAAACCCAUCCGAAAUCACCGAAGAAGAAUACAAUGCCUUCUACAAAUCCAUCUCCAACGACUGGGAAGACCCACUAUAUGUUAAGCAUUUCUCCGUCGAAGGUCAAUUAGAAUUCAGAGCCAUCUUGUAUAUUCCAAAGAGAGCUCCAUUUGACUUAUUCGAAAGUAAGAAGAAGAAGAACAACAUCAAGUUGUACGUUCGUCGUGUUUUCAUCACCGACGAAGCUGAAGACUUGAUUCCAGAAUGGAUGUCCUUCGUCAAGGGUGUUGUUGACUCUGAAGAUUUACCAUUGAACUUGUCCAGAGAAAUGUUACAACAAAACAAGAUCAUGAAGGUUAUMAGAAAGAACAUUGUCAAGAAGGUAAUYGAAGCCUUCAACGAAAUUGCUGAAGACUCUGAACAAUUCGAAAAGUUCUACUCUGCCUUCGCUAAAAACAUCAAAUUGGGUGUCCACGAAGACACUCAAAACAGAGCUGCCUUGGCUAAGUUGCUACGUUACAACUCCACCAAGUCCGUCGACGAAUUAACUUCUUUGACCGAUUACAUCACCAGAAUGCCAGAACACCAAAAGAACRUUUACUAUAUCACAGGUGAAUCUYUAAAGGCYGUUGAAAAAUCCCCAUUCUUGGACGCUUUGAAGGCUAAGAACUUUGAAGUUUUGUUCUUGACUGAUCCAAUCGAUGAAUACGCUUUCACCCAAYUGAAGGAAUUCGAAGGUAAGACUUUGGUCGAUAUCACCAAGGAUUUCGAACUGGAAGAAACUGACGAAGAAAAAGCUGAAAGAGAGAAGGAAGUUAAAGAAUACGAACCAUUGACCAAGGCCUUGAAAGAAAUCUUGGGYGAACAAGUCGAAAAGGUUGUUGUCUCUUAUAAACUAGUGGACGCCCCAGCUGCCAUUAGAACCGGCCAAUUCGGUUGGUCUGCUAACAUGGAAAGAAUUAUGAAGGCUCAAGCCUUGAGAGACUCUUCCAUGUCCUCUUACAUGUCCUCCAAGAAGACUUUCGAAAUCUCUCCAAGAUCUCCAAUCAUUAAGGAAUUGAAAAAGAGAGUCGAYGAAGGUGGUGCYCAAGAUAAGACUGUCAAGGAUUUGACCAACUUAUUAUUCGAAACCGCUUUAUUGACUUCUGGUUUCAGUUUGGAAGAACCAACUUCUUUYGCUUCAAGAAUCAACAGAUUGAUCUCUUUGGGUUUGAACAUCGAUGAAGAAGAAGAGACUGAAGCUGCUACUGAGACUGCUACUGAUGCUCCAGUCGAAGAAGUUCCAGCUGACACCGAAAUGGAAGAAGUUGAUUAA